ACCUUCAGGAAGAGAUGCAACCUUGUCCAGCACAAGCAGGCUCAUGGCCCUAAAAAAGUGCACCAGUGUAAAGAGUGCGGGAAGACGUUUAAGAAAAACAUGAUCCUGAUCCAGCACCAGCGGUCCCACACCGGUGAGCGGCCCUACAAGUGUGGGGAGUGCGGCAGCACCUUUAGAUACAGCUCCAGUCUUUUCCAGCAUCGGCGGAUCCACACUGGUGAACGGCCACACAAGUGCGAGCAGUGUGGGAUGGCCUUCAGCUGCAACAGCCACCUUGUCAGGCACCUGCAGAUGCACACCGGUGACCGCCCCUACGUCUGCGACCAGUGCGGGAAGAGCUUUGGGCAGAAGUCCAACCUUACCCAGCACCAGCAGACGCACACGGACCAGUGGCCCUACGCCUGUGACCAGUGCGAGAAGGGCUUCACACUCAGCUCCUCCUUGGCCACGCAUGUCCAGACCAACGCUUGUGAGAAUCCCUACAAGUGCCCUGUGUGUGGGAAGGCCUUUGGGAUGAGAUCCAGCCUGAGCAGUCACCAGCGCACUCACAGCAAUGAACGGCCCUACAAGUGUGGGGAGUGUGGGAACGCCUUCAAAUAUAGUUCCAACCUGCUGCAGCACCAGGUCACUCACACUGGUGAGCGGCCCUACAACUGUGGGGAGUGUGGGAAGGCAUUCAAAUAUAUCUCCAACCUGAUCAGACACCAGCGGAACCACACUGAUGAGCGGCCUUACACGUGUGGGGAGUGUGAGAAGUCCUUCAAGCACAGCAACGACCUGAUGCAGCACCAGCGGUUCCACACUGGCGAGCGGCCCCACAAGUGUGGGCAGUGCGGGAAGAGCUUUGUGCAGAACUCUGCCCUGAUGAAGCACCAGCAGAGCCACACUGCUGAGCAGGCCCUUAAAUAUAGCUCCAACCUGAUCAAGCACCAGGGCACCCACACUGGUGAGUAUCCCUACAAGUGUGGGGAGUGCGAGAAGGCCUUCAAGGACAGCAAGAACCUGACCCAGCAUGAGCAGAUCCACAGUGGUGAGUGGCCCCACAAAUGUGGGGAGUGUGGAAAGAGCUUUGUGCAGAAGUCCACCCUGAUCAAACACCAGCGGACCCACACUGCUGAGCAGGCCUUUAAAUAUAGCUCCAACCUGAUCAAGCACCAGGUCACCCACACUGGUGGGCGUCCCUACAAGUGUGAGGAGUGCGGGAAGGCCUUUGGGCGUAGCUUCAUUCUAAUGCAGCACCAGCGGACCCACACUGGUGAGCGUCCCUACAAGUGUGAGGAGUGCGGGAAGGCCUUUGGGCGUAGCUUCAUCCUGAUGCAGCACCAGCGCACCCACACCGGUGAGCGGCCCUACAAGUGUGGAGAGUGUGGGAAGGGCUUUGCGCACACAUCUACCCUGAUGAAACACCAGCAGACCCACACUGCUGAGGAGGCCUUUAAAUAUAGCUCCAACCUGAUCAAGCACCAGGUCACCCACACUGGUGAGCGUCCCUACAAAUGUGAGGAGUGUGGGAAGGCCUUUGGGCGUAGCUUCAUCCUGAUGCAGCACCAACGGACCCACACUGGUGAGCGGCCCUACAAAUGUGAGGAGUGUGGGAAGGGCUUUGUGCGUAGCUCGAACCUGAUCCAGCACCAGCGUACGCACACCGGUGAGCGGCCCUACAGGUGUGGAGAGUGUGGGAAGAGCUUUGCGCACACAUCCAACCUGUUGAAGCACCAGCAGACUCACACAGGUGAGCAGCCCUACGCCU